UCCGCAUAUUGAGUGUUGUUGUAUUGGUGGCAAAAGAAUAUUUGAAGAUUCCUCAGCCAUUCAUAUGAGUCUGUAUGCUGUAGGGGAUGUUGAGUGUCAAGUGCACAAUGCCGGACUAGCAGUGUGCCAAGCUGCUCUGGAGGUUGCAAAGGUCGUUAUGGAAGGGUCCAGGCAGGCGUUUGACUCUGCCCAACAGGCCGCUACCGCCGCCCAACAAUUGGUGGACAACAACCGUUUGACCCUCGAGGUCGCAAAGGUUGUUUUGGAAGGGACAGAAACCGCCAUGCACGACUCAUGCAAUAAUGGCGUCGCCUCUGCAGAGGAAGCAUUGGUUGCUGCACAAGAAAUGACAGAGAAGGCAACACUCAGGGCACUGGGAGGAGUGCUGGACAUUCAGGAGUUCAAGGAGCUAGGCUUCAACCUGUUUAACAUCGAGGAGAUGGGCUUUAGUGCGACACUGGCUGUGGCACAGACGGGCAUCUUCGACGGCUGGAUGAAGGCCUCGUUCUUUGGAGGUGAUCCUCAGACGAUGAACAUUCCGAUCGACAUACUCUCCAUUGACGACAUGAGUAGCUCCAUUCUUGCCAUGAUGCAGGACUUCUUGUAUGGCAUACCACCGCUACCACCACAGCAACCUAGCGCUUUGCCAACACCACCGGCACCGAGCACCCUGCCCGGACCGCUGCCACCGGUCACGCAGCCCGAGAUUGGCCUCCCCGAGGCAGUGGUACCAACCACCCUACCUUCACAGCCACCCGAAUCAGGUGGCAUCCUUCCUGAGCUCCAACAGCUUCUCACCGACGCAGUCGAGGGUUCCUACACCGUCAGUUCAGACUGUACUGUCAACCUGGAACUCAGCGGAUGUCGACUCGAUAUAACUUUCGACCCUGACCUCUGUCUGACUGUAGGCUUACUCCUUUCAGAUGUCCUUCCAAACUUGUCACUAGAUGACUAUAAGAGUGGUGUCGCUUCUGAUCUGCUAAAUGUUGCUGUGUCUAGUAGCUAUGUUGAUCGCUGCGGAGACGAAUUGUUUGUUUCAGGAGGCACUACACAGCCUAUCACUAUCGUAUCCUCUCUCGUGACACUCCACGAAUUUUUCGUCAAUGUCACCUAUACUAUGCCAUCGUCUUUCCAGGCCCUGUUUAGAGGUGUGUGGACCAUUGGCGAUGUCGACUUUACUGUGACAUUAGAGAAAUCCGACGAAGGUUUUAUUCUUAGUGGCACAGUAGCAGAAAUCACAGUAACCACUGAGAGACUCAUCUCUGGGCUUUCUUCCUUUGUUCCUGGUAAUGACGUAAGCGAUUUAUUCCACCUUCUGAAUCUUGAUAGCAUCUCUGUCAUGGACAUAAAUGUUGAGAUUAUGAUCGAAGACGGCGGAUACAGCCUGGAACUGGACUUUAAAACAAAUAUCCUCGACUCGCAGGUCUUCUUUUUCCUCAGCUCAGCUGAGUCAGAUGAUGGUUCGGCGAGUCAGUCGUUUUCUAUGGGCAUCACUGUCAAUUCUGUUCGGUUCGGAGAUAUUAUUCGAGAUAUAGUCGAUGAAAAUGUUGUUGUUCCUAUCAUAAGUGACUUAGUCAUUCCUGAGGCGGCCUUGUUGGCAACAACAGCAACACCAGAGCUCGAUUAUCCCGUAGCUCUUUUUAACGAGGUGGCUUCCGAGCUUUCGACUGGUUUGGGCAUUGCCUUCACAUUGAAGCUCUCUGACGAUGUUCCUUUUGGGACGUUCUUCCUAGGUUUUGACGGGAACAGAUACAUGUUUAAGGUCCUUUCUGAUGAAACAGUCCCAGUGUCAGCUCUACUGAGCAAAGCUAUAUCCUCUUUCACGUCCAUCAGUCUCCCUCCUCAAUUGCCAGUCGCAGAUGUUCUAGCUGGAUCCUUAAAGAGUUUUGAGUAUGACACAGAUACCAAUGUCAUGACAGUUUCUGCCGAUGUUGACGACUCUCUUGUCAUCAUAGAAAACAUCCUCGUUCUUGAGGAUCUAACAGCAACAUUUCAGCUAGAAAAGGUGUCGUCUUCCUCCGGAAACGAUUAUGACUUUACUUUUGAAUUAUACUCAUUGUGGAAUAUCGAUCAGCUGGCUGUCUCUUUGUCGGUCGCUAGAGACCCCACAACACUGGACUUCUCUUCAGUCGGUACUGUAGAAGAUGAGCUGCCUGUAGGCUCCCUUAUUCAAGACUUCGGUGUGUCGUUUAUCCCGCCAGGCGUACUAAGAGAUAUCCUGCUUAGCAUCGGUUUCGAAGAGUUCUCUAUCGUGGAUCCCAGUGUAGCAAUCAUGUUUGGGCAGGAAUUUGCCGUCCAUCUUCAAGGGAGUGCUGUGAUAGGUGACUGGAGCAGUACUGUAGAAAUGGUUGUGGGAAGGGUGCAGACCAACCUGGUGAUGGCAGCGGGCGUGACACUGUCAAGCAUUGGCAUAGUUCCGGCAGUUAGCAAGCUUACUGGGGGUGCACUGGAUAUUUCAGUAAUUCCCGGAGCAAGUAUUUUGUCGCACACUAGCGUUGCCUUUGUGGUGUCCCCAAGCGCAAUGCCCCGAGACCAGCACCUGACAAUGUCUUCCCCACUGCUUGCUGAUGUUAACACUGAACAAGGAGUCAGCAUUGCAGCAUCUUUCACACUCCCAACAGAUUGUGGCCAGGACGUAUUUUGCAAAGUUGUGAAAAAGCUGCUGGGAGCUGAUAUUGAACUCAAACUUCUUGCAACUCUGACCACUACAAGUGACUUGUACCUGAAGGCAGUGGUUGGAACCCCGGUGACUAUAGCUGACGGUAUUGAGAUGCAAGAUGUAGGGUUUGAGAUCGAAGUUGGUACCACCAAUAAUGCUAUAGGUAUAACUGGCUCGCUGGAGUUUGAAACUCCUCCUGUGAUCUUAAGGGGUGGUAUCGGGGUCUCGCAAAGUGGAGGGUACCUCAGAAUGUCUACUGAAGGGAUGUGGAAUGAAGCAUUCGGGCUUGAUUUCCUUGCCAUCGGUGACAUCAACUUUGAGCUGUCGAUUACUCCAGAACCCACUAUCAUAGCGUCGUUGCAAUUCGGUGGUCGUGCUAUUGUUGGUUACCAAAACAACCCCAGCGCUACCCCCUUUGAGGGAUCUGCGUACAUAGGUGUGAACAAAAUAGAUCCACGACAGAACUAUUGCACAGGCUCUAUCACUGCUCUUACCAUCCCUGCCAUCCUUCACGCCUUUGCUCAAACCUUCCAGCUUCCGUCUUUCUUGGAAGAAAUUGGCUUUCCUGAUGGAGCCAGUUUUUCGUUCUCCGCUCUUGAGCAAACGCUACCAAACGGUGUUAACAUUCCUCAAGGGUUCUUCUUCAGCGGUACUUUGCAAAUACUCUUCUUCAGUGUGAGCGCAGACAUUAGACUUGACUCAACCUCCCUGUAUGCUGAGGUCACAGUGACCCAGUUCGACAUUGGCAAUGGUUUGAUCCAGAUUUCUGGAUCAAGUUCCGAAGCUGGUCCUAUACUUCACGUCGACAUCAGCUGGGUUCCGAUACAUGCAGAGCUGCUCAUUGGCGGAAGCGUCACCGUCCUGGGCAUCCAUGCAAGCACCACUAUCUCCAUGGAUGCGACGAGGACUUACUUUGCCAUUGAAGGGAGCUUCCUCAACAUGUUCUCAGCAUCUUUGGAGAUAGAGGCCAGCUAUGGAUCUCUGAAAGAUGCUGAGUUCUCGGCAACUGGAACCUUUAAAAACGAUCUGUUCAGUACUCUGCGGGACAGGGUUGAGGGAUACCUGGACAACCUCGUGAAGGAAGCGAACGAGGCAUUGGGCAGUGCCAGGAGUGACGUCAGCAAAGCUCACGAAGACUGCGAUGCCGCAAGAGGACCAUUCAACUCUGCUCAGGCUGAUGUUGACAGUGCACAGCGUGACUUUGACAACGCAGUGGCAGAUUUAGAGGGUGCAAAGCGGGACCUGGAGAAUGCAAAGAAACCGUUUGACGAUGCUGUCGCUGAUCUGAAUAGACAACAGCAAAGCUGUCAGUUCCGUGACUGUGAAUGGUAUGAUGCCCCUUGUCAUCUCCACAACGCCGGACUGGCAGUGUGCCAAGCUGCAUUAGAGAUCGCAAAGGGGACAGUUGAAGCGACCAAGCACACACUGGACCUUGCCCAGCUGGCCGUCUCAGGCGCCCAAGAAGUGGUGGACAACAGCCGCUGGACACUGGACGCUGCAAAUGGCGUUUUGGAGGGAACAAAAGAGACAGUACAUGCGACAUGCGAUGUUGGCGUGUACACUGCUGAGGGAGCGCUGAUUCUGGUAGAAGAAACCCAUGAGUUCGGCAUCAAAGUAGCAGAGAAGGCUGUGAAUGGAGUCCUUGGAGGAGUGUUGGACAUUAGAGAGAUGUGGUUCAGUGUGACAGUUGCUGUGGCACAGACGGGCAGCUUCGACGGUCGGAUGACGGUCUCGUUCUUUGGAGACGAUCCUGUGACGAUGGACAUCGCGAUCAAGAUCUUCUCCAUCGAGGACAUGGUAACUGCCAUUUGUGACGUCAUCAAAGACAUCCUAGACGUGUAAACAAUGACGUCAUCAAGGAUAUCUUAGACGUGUUAACACUGGCGUUAAAAAAAGAAAAUGACCAGUUUUGGGCAGCCGUUAUUACACAGGCGCCCUCUUACGACUUUGAACAGACAUGAAUAAGGAAUCAUUUGCUUACGCUAGUGCUGUUAAGUUACUAGAUUACCCCCUCCCCGUUACCCAAGUAUCAUAAUAAUCAAGUGAACUUAGAAUGAUACUUAAGGCUUAUCAUAAUGAUGAAAUACAUAUUUAACUUGCAAUAAUUGAGGGUGCAAAAUAUAUCCAUACAAAAUAUAUCCAUAUUUCCAUGCAUAGAUUUAGGUAUUUUAAAACAUCAAGUACAAUUGAUCUAAUGUGAUAAUAGGUCACUGCAUGAUUCGCCAUGCCACUUGUAGAUUGUGUAUUAAAAGUGCAUUUUGUUGAUUUAAAGUUACACUUACGUGUAAGUGGCGUUUAGAAUUUGUCACUUAACUUACAUCUAACCAAGAUGCACAAGUAUUUAAACGUUUCAGGUCUAGUGUACGAGUUUAAUGAAUAAAUUCUAAUGUAGAAACUACAAAGUGAAUAUCAUAACCAAGAGCAAUAGCCAAAUGUUAUCAAGAAUGACUUUAUGCUGGUGCUUAGUGUAGUUUGAUAUCUACAAGGUUGAUAUCUGACCACCAAUAGUUCAUUUCCUUUGUUAGAUAAUGAUAAUGUCGUAGUUGUUAUGCUAUACCACGUUGUCUUCAUUACAGCCUAUUGCAAUAGAAACCCUUGCUGGGCGUUAUUUACCCAAGAUAAUGAUGAUAUUCUGAAGAGUCGAUCCCUGGAUUGUGACCCUACAAUCGGUCUAAAUCAUUGAGGGUUGUUGUUUAAUCUUGUUCAUCCUUCAUCAACGUAUUUUCAAUACAUGUGGAACCUCUU